AUGAAGCCCCUACCAAAAUUGGUCAAGUUGGCUGCUAUCUUUUUUGGUGUCGCUUUGGUCAAUGCAGAAUUUUGCGAGAACACACCGAUUUCGCGAGACUGCUGGGGAGAGUAUAGUUCCUCGACCGAUUACUCGAGUGUCACUCCGGAAACUGGUGUUACUAGAGAGGCAAGUCUGCUGCAGUCCUACCUGGAUACUUCUUCAACUUACACUAUACCAACUAGUAACUGGCUCUCCGUGCAAAAUGUGACCCUUGCACCAGAUGGCUAUGAGCGACAGAUGCUAGUCUUCAAUGGCAGCUACCCUGGUCCUCGACUUGAGGCGAACUGGGGUGAUAUGUUAGUUAUUCAUGUCACCAAUGAACUUACAAAUAACGGUACUGCUGUUCACUGGCAUGGCAUUAGACAACAAGGGUCUAAUCAAUACGACGGAGUCCCUGGAGUUACCCAAUGCCCCAUUGCCCCAGGGGAAAGCAUGACCUACAAAUUCCGCGCAGCUCAAUAUGGGACAUCGUGGUACCAUUCUCACUGGAGUCUACAGCUGUCCGAUGGCCUAUACGGACCACUCAUUAUUCAUGGACCUGCCACUGCUGACUACGAUGUUGACCUGGGGCCUAUUUUUAUGACAGAGUGGUACCACCAAAGUGCUUUCAUUCUCUGGGCACAGAGUGGCAUGUAUGGUGGUUUUCCGGUGCGACACAAUGCAGUUGCGCCAAAUGGUCUCAUAAAUGGCACGAACACAUUUCCCUGCGAUGAUUCAAACGAUCCAGCCUGUCUGGGAACAGGAAAACGCUCAGAGACCGUGAUACAGAAGGGCAAGAAAUAUCGUCUUCGACUGCUCGACGCCCAGGCAGACGGGUGGAUGAAAUUCUCUAUUGACGGCCACAAACUCACAGUCAUUGCAGCUGACUUGGUACCUAUUGUACCCUAUCAAACUGAUAGUGUGAUUCUCACUUCUGGUCAACGAUAUGAUGUUAUAUUCGAGGCGAACCAAGACAUUGAUAACUAUUGGAUGCGCGUGAUAUACCAGACCGCAUGCAAUGGAGUAUCAAUUGGCAGGAACGAUAUAAAAGGUAUCAUUCGCUAUGAGGGUGCUAGUCAGGCUGACCCUACAACGGAGCAAUGGUCAUCAAUCACGAAUUCGUGUGGCGACGAGCCCUACGGCAGUCUAGUUCCUUAUGUGAGGAAAGACGUCGGCAACGCGGGCAGCCAGAAGAAUUUGAAUAUUGGGUGGUUCUAUGAGACUGACCUCGUCUUCCACUGGGCAAUCAACACCAAGGCAUUGGAAAUUGAUUGGCGGCGACCGACAGACCUUCUCAUAUACCGUAAUCAGUCGGUCUUCCCGUCUGAUUACAAUAUAUACGAGAUCCCUGCCGAUAAGACUUGGACAUACUGGGUCAUUCAAGAUUUGGGCUUCGUCAAUGCCUACCACCCCUUCCAUCUCCAUGGGCACGACUUUUAUAUCCUAGCACAAGGUUUUGGGCUUUACACUCCUCUAACCAAGCUAAAUCGCAAGAAUCCACCUCGACGGGAUACAGCCACAAUGGCUGGUUCUGGGUAUCUCGUCAUUGCAUUCGAGAACGACAAUCCGGGGUACGUAUCAAAAUCUGUUCUCUUGUGA